AUGGUCAAGGGCUUCCUCCAGUGGAUGAUAGAAGGCUGGAGAGUCGAAUUGAAGAGCUGGCCGGACUCCGGGAUGUCAUCUGACUUCAAGUUAGACGAGACCAUCGGAACCCGAUCCACACGCAAACUCGGACUAAAGAGGGAUGCCAUUGUGGUGGAAGGCACUCUACCCACUCGUUAUGACUCAUGUUGUACCGAAAUCGGGCCGAGGGUCGACCGAGGUACACAUCGAAUCUUCUCUUUUGCAUCUUGGACCGGUUCCCUUUUACAAGUCAGCGGCGAGGUCUCAUCUGUAUUGAUCAGAGUGGCCCUUCGAAGCAAGGCUUGA